AUGCUACCUCCUGUCCAUCUUUCGCCUCGGUUGCCAUUCGUUGCUCGCCGGUUAGCUGAUCAUUUCGAGGCCAGAUAUGCUGUUAAGCUAUGCAAUCUGCUGGAUGAUGUUGCUAGCUUGGGACAAUCUUGCACGACCCCACUAACUGCUGUCAACACAGGCAAAGAGCCAAUCAUUGCCUAUUCAAAGGAUCGCUCCGAACCAAGUUCCAACCAUGGCAACUCUGCCUCUCCUCUUCCCGCAGUCGGUUCGAUGUGUGCUCUUGACGAGGUAGAUGCGAUCGUGCCUCCUAUCUCAUCGUCCUACCCACCCACACAAUUUGCAGUCGUUGCUGAUGCGAAUGAUCUCUAUUCAAACUCCGGUGCUUUGAGCGGCCCGGUUCACCUUAACAGCAUAUAUUACCGCCCGAUGAACCGCCUCCAAGUUUCUCGCGAGCAUUAUCUCAGAGUCCUUUGCGAACUGUUUCAAGAUCGUGUAAAUUGGGGCCGUAUAAUUGCUAUGCUAGCCUUUUUGAGGGCACUUUGUGAAGUUACGGAGCAGAGACAUUCGAGCAAGGUAUAUUUAAGAUUUUUAUUGAUAAAUUUUUCUUACUUUUGA